AUGAAUCGGCAUCAAUAUAAUAUUUACUCAAUGGAAUUUGAUACAUCGGAAGGUAGUCUUUUUUAUUCAUUAAAUCGAGAUUUACGUUCAGAAUCACGAAAUGCAUUAAAAAAAUGGCUUUCAUAUUUAAAAUUAUUUAUCCAUGCCUUAUUUAAAUUACCAUCAACUGAAGGCACUGUUUGGCGUGGUGUUAACGGGGAUGUAAGUUCCAUCUAUAAAAUUGGUAAACGUCUUGCAUGGUGGGGUGUUUCAUCAACGGCGCGGAACGUGUCCGAUCUAGAGUGUCUGCAAUACUUAGAUAAACACGGUCAGCUCACAUUAUUUUGUAUUCAAUGUAAAAACGGUAAAAGUAUAGCAAAACAUUCAUAUUUUCCCUUGGAAGAUGAAGUAUUGUUAAUGCCCGGUACUUAUCUUGAAGUAAUUGGCCAAUUACAACCUGCUGAAGGAGUACAUAUAAUUAAUCUUAAAGAACUUGAUUUACCGUAUACAGUUUGCUAG